CAUGCGGUCACUUAGCUACUCUUCUCCUGCUAAAGAUAAUAUCUGCUGGAUGGAGAAAGAAGCUCUGAUCUUUCUGGUGAAAGAGGAGAAGGAAGAGGAGGAUAUCACAGUAAAACAAGAAGUAGAGGAUGAGGCUGUUACAGUGAAAGAGAAAUACGUUUCAGUGAAGGAAGAGGAAGACUCGUUCAGAGUGAAAGAGGAAGAGGAUGUUACAGUAAAAGAAGAGGAAGAGAAAGGGGAUGAUGCAGUAAUUGGAGUGAAAGAGGAGGAAGGGGAGAUGACUGUCACAUCGAAAAAGGAGAACGAGGAGGAAACUGGAUGUCUGAGGCCGGUUUCCCAAACGCAUCUUAAGGCAUCCAACGAUGAAAUUAGCCGUAAGAUGGUUUUGAGAAACAGCGUCCUGAUUAAUACUAGAGAGAUACGGGACUAUCGUGGAUCUUCUGUGGAGCCUCAACAACCUCAUGAUGCUGACGAGGCAGAGAAGAGUCUCUCCAGAUCAGAACGCCUCAAUAAACACCUGCAGAGAUCCACAGGGAAGAGAACUCACUGCUGCUCUGACUGUGGGAAGAGAUUCACCUCAUCAGGCAUGAAAAUUCAUCAAAGGAUCCACACAGGAGAGAAACCUUAUAGCUGUGUUCAAUGUAGGAAGAGUUUUACUGCAUCUAGCAAUCUGACUUUACACCAGAGAACACACACAGGAGAGAAACCUUAUAGCUGUGAUCAAUGUGGGAAGAGUUUUACUACAUCUGGCUCUCUGACAUUACACCAGAGAACACACACAGGAGAGAAAUCUUAUAGCUGUGGUCAAUGUGGGAAGAGUUUUGUUCGAUUUGGCCACCUGACUAUACACCAGAGAACACACACAGGGGAGAAAUCGUAAAGCUGUGGUCAAUGUGGGAAGAGGUAAUCUGAUUAAAGAUCUCUGACUAAACAUCAGAAAAUACAUGAAGGAGUUGUUUCAUGAUAUCAAUGAAUUAAUGUCACAAUGUAGAAUGUUUUAACAUUGUUGUAGAAGUAUUUUAAUGAUGUCACAAUGUAGAAUGUUUUAACAUUGUAGUAGGAAUAGUGUAAUGAUGUCACAAUGUAGAAUGUUUUAACAUUGUAGUAGGAGUUUUUUAAUGAUGUCACAAUGUAGAAUGUUUAAACAUUGUAGUAGGAGUAUUUUAAUGAUGUCACAAUGUAGAACCCUAAAUGUUUGCCCCCUGUUCUAUUGAUUUCAAUAUGAUAUGGAUUUUAGCCUCAGGGGGAAAAUCCAGGUUCUGAAUUGAAAGAGUACUAUUUAUGAGAUUUAGUAAGUACACAUUAUUCCCAGAUUCAGUGUGGUUUUUGAGCUGCUAGUUUUAACAGUACGUGCAACCUCAUCUCCCUCCUGUCACAUAAAUGAUUUUAGCAUGAUAUCGAUGAGUUAUGACAAAUAAGUGUUGUGUUCCUUUGUUUAGCGACCCCUACAUUUAAAUGCAUUCCAACAUCACGUACAACCUGAUUUCCCCCCUAAUCGAUAUCAGUGAUUUAUUGCUACUUGUCAAAACAACACUGUUUCUGGU